CCUGUGUCUAUUUAUAACUCUGAAGUUUGGGCCUUUUACUGCGCUAUGGAUCAUCUGGGGUAUAUGAGAAAUACUACUUCUGGCCAAGGUGCCAAAGAGGGAUUGAGCAAGCCCACUGCUCCCCAGAAGAACGCUUACGCGAGGCUUGUGCAAAAGCACCACAGUGGCAGAUUCAGGUCCUAUUUGAGUCACAUUGCAGAGAAGAUGCAGCUAGACGAGAGCACUUCCAAUGACCUCAGCUCAGAUCUGGACCCGCCCCUGAGGAGAGGCCUGGUGAAGGAUAAUCCGGCCAGGAAUGGGUUGAAUACGCACAGCUACUCACCGGUCAGAACAUCUCACCUGGAACAGUCCAUGCCUGGAGGAUUUGAGAAUGAUAAACCCCAAGCUGCUCUGAACAGAUGUCCUCAUAAAAAAAAUACCAUUGUUAGCCCAGAAGGAGACUUGGAGGUGGAGGAAGACUAUUAUGUACAUCAGCGUGGAGCUGCAGCUGACUUGUUAAAUAUGAGUGAUGCACCGAGUGGGAGAGUAUCGAACAGCCUGAGGCACCGUGCAGCUCUACAGAAGUCUUCUGGUUCUGAUGAAAGGGACGAGGAGGACAUGUGGAGGAAGAAACAUAAGAAACGAGGCAGGUGUCCUGCCAACACAGAUACAGCAGCUGGACACUUGUUGAGUGAGCAGUUUAGUGAGGAGGAUGUGCUGGCAAUAAAUGCCAGGAAAAACAGUCACUUGUCUCCAGGUCAAGUCCAAGGUGCAGAAAAGAGAGGGUUUGCAAGGACCAGAAACAACUCUGAAUCUGCAAGAACUCCCCAGAACUUCGAUAGGAAGAGGCAACUCUCUGAAUCGCAGGCAGAAGCAAUGAACAAUUCAGACAGCAGAAUAAAUCCUAGACAACUGGGAACUCCCAGAGGAGGACCCUAUGCUGCUGUCCCAACGUCAGGCGAUAGAAAGAAUCUAAAUAAACCCACUCGAGGGAGGAAGAAGAGUAUAUUUGAAGCCUACAUGUAAAAUGAAGAUGUUUCAGCAGGACUAAAAAGGGGAGACCUAAUUCAGGGACCCUUGAGAAUAAAUCCUAAGAAGUACCAUGAAGCCUUCAUUCCAUCUCCAGAUGGGACUCGCGAUAUCUUUAUUGACGGAGUGGUUGCUCGCAACAGAGCCCUGAAUGGUGACAUCGUGGUAGUGAAACUGCUUCCCAAGGAGCAAUGGAAGGUAAUAAAGCCAGAUGGUAGUGACAAAGAAACAGAAGCCACACAUGAAUCAGAUGUCCCUGAGGAUAUGUUGGGCACUUGCGUUCCUCAAGAGUUAGCGAAAGGUGAUGCUAGAAGUCCGGAUGUCAUUAUAGAAGCUCAGUUUGAUGAUAAUGAUGCAGAGCAUGGACAAGACCACUUGCAGGAUAUGUUGGCUGGUGACAUUAAGAAACUUUCCCUGGAUACUGUUGAAAAGGCGAAGGCUGUUGGGGUCGGCGCUGUGCACAGAACAAAGCAAGAUGAUGGACCCAAGGUGAAUGAUCCCAGGCUCCUCCCAGAUAAGUUUCUUCAGAGGACAGCCAAGGUGGUCUAUAUUUUGGAAAAGAAGCAUUCCCGGGCAGCUACAGGCUUCAUCAAGCUUCUGGCAGACAAGAACAGUGAACUCUUCAGGAGGUGUGCCAUGUUCUCACCUGUGGACCACAGAGUGCCCAGGGCCUAUGUGUCCUUGGCUGACUGCCCUCCAGACUUUGUAACCAGGCCUGAGGACUAUUCAAAUAUGCUCUUCAUUUGUCGCAUAGUGGACUGGAAAGAAGACAGUAACUUUGCAACAGGGCAGUUGGCCAAAAGUCUUGGGCAGGCUGGGGAGAUUGAGCCAGAAACGGAAGGGAUCCUGACAGAGUACGGUGUGGAUUUCUCUGACUUUUCCCCCGAAGCCCUGGAGUGUCUUCCCCAGAGCCUCCCCUGGGUUAUCUCACCGGCAGAGAUGGCCAAACGAAGAGAUUUAAGGAAAGAAUGCAUUUUCACCAUCGACCCAUCAACUGCCAAAGAUCUUGAUGAUGCUUUGUCCUGUAAACAACUCCCUGACGGGAACUUCGAAGUGGGUGUUCACAUCGCCGACGUAAGCUACUUUGUACUGGAAGAAACAGCACUGGAUAAAGUAGCGAGUGAAAGAGCAACUAGUGUCUACCUAGUGCAAAAGGUGAUCCCGAUGCUUCCCAAGCUGCUCUGUGAGGAGUUAUGCAGUCUCAAUCCCAUGCGAGAUAGGCUGACGUUCUCUGUGAUGUGGAAAGUGACUCCAGAAGGCAAGAUCCUUGAUGAAUGGUUUGGGCGGACAGUCAUCUGCUCCUGUGUGAAGCUGAGCUACGACCAUGCACAGAGUAUGAUUGAAAGCCCUGGGAAGGUGUUCUCACCUGAAGAACUUCCCCCUGUCUCCCCUCAACACUCAAUAGCUGAGAUCCAGCAAGCUGUGCUGAACCUGCAUCGAAUCGCUCAGCACCUCCGCAAACAGCGUUUCAUCGAUGGUGCUCUGCGCUUAGACCAGCUGAAGCUCUCGUUUACCUUGGACCAGGAGAGUGGGAUGCCUCAAGGCUGUUAUAUCUAUCAGUACCGGGACAGCAACAAGCUGGUGGAAGAGUUCAUGCUGCUCGCGAACAUGGCCGUGGCCCAUCAGAUCUAUCGCUCCUUCCCCGAGCAGGCCCUGCUUCGCCGCCACCCCCCACCCCAGACCAAGCUGCUGAAAGACCUCAUGGAGUUUUGCAACCAAGUUGGCCUCGACAUUGACUUCAGCAGCGCAGGGACCCUGCACAAAAGCUUAAAUGAAACAUUUGGUGCUGACAAAUACUCUGAAGCCAGGAAAGAAGUGCUGACCAACAUGUUCGCCAGGCCCAUGCAGAUGGCUCUCUACUUCUGCACCGGCGUCCUGGAGGAUGAGACCCUCUUUCGCCACUACGCCCUGAACGUGCCCUUCUACACUCACUUCACCUCGCCCAUCCGCCGCUACGCAGAUGUCAUCGUGCACCGCCUCCUCUCUGCCUCACUCGGUGCCAGCUCCCCCAUCAAGAUGGAGAAAGAGGCCAUCCAGAGACAGGCAGAUCACUGCAACGACCGGAAGAUGGCUUCCAAGAGGGUGCAGGAGCUCAGCGCUGACCUCUUCUUUGCCAUCUUUGUCAGGGAGUGUGGUCCUCUGGAGUCAGAGGCCAUGGUGAUGGGUGUCCUGAACGAGGCCUUUGAUGUCCUGGUGCUGAAGUUUGGAGUCCAGAAGCGCAUCUACUGCAAUGCGCUGCCCUUGCUGGGCUUCCACUUCCAGAAGGUGGGGAGGAAGCCAGAGCUGACGCUCAUGUGGGAGCCGGAGAAGCCGGAGCAGGAAUCUUUGCCCCAGGUGAUCACCAUUUUCACGCUGGUGGAGGUCGUGCUGACGUCGGACGGUGUCCCGCUCAAGUACAGCGCCCUGCUCAAGAGACCGAGCUCGGAGAAGUGAGCGCCCCAGGCUGUGUGUGCUCCGGGCUGCCGACACUCGCUCACCUCCUGGGCCCCACACUGGCACCCGCCGGGGACGGAGGGGACUCACAAGGAGUUUGGGCCUUUGAGUUUUAAAACUGAUGCCAUUUUAUUUCUGGUUUGAAUUUUAACUCUGGCUGGGAGCAGGGCUCAGGGUUAGAGCCUGCCCCAGGCAGAGCAUUUCUACUCUUGGAUAUUUUUAGCUUGAUGCUUUUUUGGGUCUGUUUUUUAAAGGCAGCGGUGUCUGUCCCCAGCCACCUCAGGUGCCCGUGGUGAGGGCUGAGCAGGGAUAUGUGUCCCUGGGAACAGAGUGGGGCUGGCUCCACCAUCCUGGUGGGAUGUGGUGGGAUGCAGUGGGAUGCGGCUGUAGGGCCGUGCAAGGAGGGUUUCUUGCAGGGUUGUAUGUUGUGUAAU